AUGGAGGACUUUCCUCACCCCCUCACUGUGGAGGGUCCCUGGCCCUCAGCCUCCACCAAGACCCUCGAUGCCAAGCUCCAGAUCUACUUUCAGAGCAGGAGGAAGUCUCAGGGUGGGGACUGCGUGGUGAGGUUCUCCGAGCAGAGCCGCACCGCUACGGUUCACUUCAGAUCGGCUGAAACCCGAGAUCAGGUUCUCUCUAAGGGAGAUCACUGUGUAACUAUUGAAAACCAGCUGGUGAGGCUGAAGGUGUUCAAACCUGGUGAUGAAGAGAGACAGGCAGAAGAGCCCAGUGGAGCAGUAAGUGGACAAAACUCUCUGUAUUUUGUGAUUGAUUAUAAGAAGCUGAAGCACCUUUCCAGCAACCAUCUUGACAAAACCGCUGGAUUCAUAAUACAGAUUGAACCUGAUGAGAGUCAGAGGGACCCACCUGAGGAAUGUCCCAAGUCCAGUGCUGUGGUCCUGGAGAAUGUGCCACAGACGUUUUCCAGAGAAGCUCUUCUGCUUUUAGUGGAGAACAUCAGUGGUCAUUCUGAAAAAGAGUUUUCCCUGGAGAUAAUAAGGGAAUUAGGGAGAGCUGUUGUGACCUUUAAUGACCCUAAUGUUUCUGAGAAGUUCCUUGUGGAGAGCAGGAGUAAUACAAUAUUCCAGCAGUGUUCUCUAUCGGGUCGGGCUCUGGAAAAAAGUAGAAGCGUUAAAGUGGAAAACGUGCCAGCUGAGGCCUCUAAAGAACUGCUAUACCUUUACUUUGAAAGGUGGGGUGGACAAGUGAAGGAUAUCAUCACAAGUCCUGAAGAGCAAGCUGCCAUCAUCACCUUUCAUGGUCAAGAGGCCAUGGAAAAAAUUCUGGGGAAAGAACACCGUAUUAGCGAUACUGUAGUUACUGUCUACCCAUAUUACAUGUCUUUGGCUACCGCCUUGUAUGGCAAAGACAGACCAACAUGGACGCUGCCCAAACCUUUCACAGAGAAGAUCAGUCCUGCUAUCAGAGAAUUCCUCAAUAAGAAGGGGCUAAUAUCCUCCAUCUGUCAAGAAAUGGACUCAUUGUUCUGCCAUUUGAACAUGGACAAAGCUGAAGUCCAGCUCAGUCCUCUUCCCACACUGCUGAAACAGAAGGGUAUAACCAAGAAGCACAUAGACGACUGGAGGCAAAAUGCCACAGAUGGCUUUAGAAAAAUACUCUCCAACUACGCUGUUUUUGAGUAUGCGGUAAUCCCCUCUGUUUGGUCUACAGUAGAGAAGGACAUCCGGUCAGCUGUGGAAGACAAAGCUGUCAUGAUGUUGGAUGACAAUGUUCUGACAGUGGCAGGACUUGCUGAGGACAUUAAUCUGCUGAAGCCACACGUGGAAGAUAUUUUACAGAGAGCAUUAAAUCAAUUGGAAAGGGACCAGAACAGUGUCUCAGACAGCAUAGAGAUGCUCCCUGCCAUGUUCUCAUUUCUUAUGCAAGGAGGACUUCAACAAAAUGCUGCAGCUAAAUAUCCAGAGCUGAAGCUCAUAUACAAAAAAGACACCAAUCAGUUAACAUUGCAUGGCCUUUCUGUGGAAACAGUUGACAUCAAAAAUUGGAUCCUUGAGAGGAGACUGAAUAUGAGACAGAAGAUUCUGAACAUGGACCCUUCAUUAUUGGAGUUCCUGAGAUCAGUGGACUGUGAGGAGAUGUCAGGAAACCAGUUCAUAUCCAAGGGAAUCAGUGCAGUCUACAGCAUUGAAAAUGAGGAUGUUGUGUUGACUGCAAGCUCAGACAGAUCACUGACUGAGGCAGAGAAAACUCUUACAGCAGAGCUUACAUCCAGUACCCUCUCUUUAGAGGAUUUAAGUGUGCUUGAAAAGCCAGCAUGGCGCUCUCUCAAUGACCAACUGAGUGAAACAUACAACUCUAUGAAAAAAACUGUCAUGAUAAAACCCUCAAAACAAGGACUUGAGGUUUGUGGCUUUAAGGGCUCAGUCUCUGAGGUCUUCAAGACCUUAGAGAAAUUUAUUCAUAUGAACUCAACAAUCGAGGAAGUGCUUCACGUCAAGUCAUGCGCUGUGGUGAAGUUCAUAAAUGAGAAAAAGUCCCCAGUUUGGAAGAAACAUGUAAAGCCUGAUGAGGUGACAGUUCAUUUUGACCCCAAACGACCCUUGAUCCGACUGUCUGGAGAGCGUAUGUAUGUCCAGCCAGCAGUGCAGUUAUUUGAGAAAAUUGCAGAAACUCUCCAAACUGAUUGGCUGACGAUUAAAAAGGCUGGUGCUAAAAAGUACUUCCGGGAGCAGGGAAGCAUGUUCUUGAUGAUGAUGAAGGAACAUAGAUUUGUGGUCGUUCUUGAGGAUGAUGCUAUGCUGAAUGAGGACACAGAGAACUACGAUAAUGCUAAAGUGGAAGAUUUAGGACAGUCAUUCUCUGAGGUCCAGAUGCCUGGUCAGGUCCAUAAGUUCAAAGUAGGUGCAAAGUUGGUGGAACAUUUUGAAGUUCCACCAAGGGUUCAUGAAUCACAGAGUUACAGAGCAAAUGAAUCUGUGAAGUUUGAAGGAGUGACAAAAAGACAAAACAUAAAGCCACUGUCUGGAACACAAGCUGAUGUCCUGGACAGGCCGGGGUUCCUUGAAACUCAAUCCACACAAGAGGGACUCAGAAUCUUUCUGAAGAAAAGCAAUAUCCAGGAUGCCCUCUCGGAUGUGAUUGUCAACACCAUCUCAGAAGAUGUGAACCUCAGCAAAGGUGCUGUCUCCAAAGCACUCCUGCAGGCUGCUGGUCCUCAACUGCAGGCAGAAGCUAGUUCUAGAACUGAAUCUUCAUGUCUAAGUUAUGGAAGCAUUUUGGCCACUGAUGGCUACAAUUUAAAUUGUCAAAAGGUCUUCCAUACAGUUUGUCCAUUUUGGAAUGGAGGAGCUGGUUCAGAAGCUAAGACAUUGAAACAAAUCUUUAGUGACUGCCUUAAAAAAGCAGAACACCAGAAAAUGGCUUCAGUUUCCUUCCCGGCCAUCGGAACAGGGAAUCUUGGCUUUCCUAAAGACUUGGUGUCCGACAUUCUGCUGAGAGAGAUUCAUGAAUUUAGUGCCAAAGUCAGGCCUCAGUACCUUAAAGAAGUGACUGUGGUUGUGCACCCUUCAGACAACGAGACUGUACAGGUACUAGAUAAAGGUCGUCAUAAGUUCAAUCGCAUGUCUGAAAGUGUGCCAAUGGCAAAGAAUCCAGAAGUUAAAAAUUCAAUGGGACUCUUUGGAGUGGUUUCCACUCCCACUCUCGGAGUGCACACGGUGCAGGUGGGACAUGUGACCCUGGAGGUGUCGUCAGGAGACAUCACCAAAGAGAAAAGCGACGCCAUCGUUAACUCCUCUAACAGUUCGUUCUCUUUGAAAUCAGGAGUCUCCAAGGCCAUUUUAGCUGCUGCUGGACCAGCAGUGGAACAGGAAUGUGCAGAGAUUGUAAGUGCAUCACAACCGAAGGAAAUGAUUGUGACCUCUGGAGGUCAGCUCCCAUGCAGUCACAUAAUCCACAUCAUAGGCAGAAACACUCCUGCAGCCAUCAAGGAUGCUGUUUACUCUGUUUUAAAGUUGUGUGAGGCUCAGAAGUUCUCCUCGGUUGCUUUUCCGACUCUUGGCACAGGUCAAGACGGGGCAAGUCCUUCUGCUGUUGCUGAUUCCAUGAUUGAUGCCGUGAUCGACUUUGUGAAGAAGAAAAAAGGGUCUCAGUUACAGAGUGUGAAGUUCCUGAUAUUCCAGACAUCAAUGGUGUCAGAUUUCCACCAGAGCAUGCUGAGGAGGCAGCAGAAGGGCGUGGAGGAGGACACCACUGUGCUUGGCUGGUUAAAAGACAAAUUUGACUCUAUGGCCAGCUACAUUACGGGCAACAGUGCAGAAGCCAGUCGACAAUUCCCUUCUGUACACGAGGACUUUGUGAUGGCGAGUGAGGAGUUUGAGCCGGCGGUCUUUCAGCUGUGUGCAGAGUCCCAGCGGGACCUCAAUGAAGCCCGAGAACUGAUCAACAGCUUCAUCAUCAAAGAGCAGAUGAGUUCAUCCAUCCGGGACUCCGUCAUCAACAGUUUCACCAGAGAAGACGCAGAGAUGCUGACUAACCUGCAGAGGGAGCUCACGGUCAGCAUCCAGCUUAAUAAGAACGGUCCCGAGCCGGUUAUCACCGUGGAGGGCCUGACCCGAGACGUGGUCAAGGUAGAGGGCACCAUCCGGGACAUGAUCCGCAAAGUGGAGAAGAACGAAGCCCGAAAACGCGAAGCCUUCAUGAUCAGCAGCUUGGUAGAGUGGCAGUAUCUGGACAGCACAAAUAAUCUCGUACCCUUUGAUAUCUACACUAACUAUGACCUGGAGGAGGCUUUUGGGAAAAAACAACCUCGCGUAAAGAUCAAGAUCAACAACGAGGAGGUUGAGGCUGAUUUAACCCUAAGAGUGGCUUAUUCAAGAAGCAGAAGGAUUGAAUUGAAGAGGGUUGACCUGAAAGACCAGCCCUCAGUGGCUCUGCCCGGUCACUGGGAGAAAAUGAAAGAUGACAAGUUUGUUACACGGGUCCAAAUUAAACAAGGCAGCCAGGAACACGAGGAUGUGGAGACGGAGUUCAGGAAAACUGGGCUGGCCAAUGAAAUUCUUAACAUCGAGAGAGUCCAGAACAGCACUCUGUGGAAGAACUACAAGAUUAAGAAGAAGCACUUUGAAGAAAAGAACAAGCACAAGAACAAUGAGAAGAGGCUGUUCCACGGCACCGGCCCUGAUAACAUAGACAAGAUCAACCACCAUGGCUUCAACAGGAGCUAUGCUGGCACGCAUGGUGCCAUGUUUGGGAAUGGCGUGUAUUUUGCUGUUGACCCAGGUUACUCAGCCAGGGGAUACUCCAAGCCAGACAAACAAGGUCAUAAGCGCAUGUAUCUGGCCAGAGUGCUGGUUGGUGACUACACCAAAGGAAGAGGUGGUCUAAUUUCCCCUCCAGCCAAGAGCUCUACAGCCACAGAUUUAUACGACAGCGUCACUGAUAAUCAACAAAACCCGAGCAUGUUUGUGAUUUUCCAUGACGUGCAGGCGUAUCCGGAAUACCUGAUCACCUUUCAGUAGAUCUUUUUAAUCAGCAGUUGUGGACUAAUUAUGAUUAUCCAUGUUUCCAUUUUCUGUUAUGUUCUCAUUCUUAUGGAUUAUGUUGAAUUAGUUGCUGUAAUGGAUAGAACUAUUAGGUGUGGGGAUACGCUAAUAGAUCAGAAGAUAUUAAUACAUAAUGAAACAAAUACAUUUAAAAUACUGCACUAAUAAAAUAGCUUUCUAAUGUUUAUCAAUUAAGACCUACUUUGUUUAUGGUGUCAUAUUAUAUUCUACAGAUUUUAAUGGUUAUUAAGGCAACAAUAUUGCUGUUUU